ACCAGGGGGCAGCGGCUGCAGCGAGGCGGAGACCAUGUCUGCGGGCGGGAGUUGCGGCCAGACGCCGAGUCGGGCCAUCCCGGCUACCCGUCGGGUGGUGCUCAGCGACGGCGUGCAGCUGCCGCCUGGGGAUUACAGCACCACUCCAGGAGGCACACUCUUCAGCACCACCCCCGGAGGUACCAGGAUUAUCUAUGACCGAAAAUUUUUGAUGGAAUGUCGUAACUCCCCUGUGGCCAAAACACCUCCCCGGGACCUGCCCACCAUUCCUGGGGUCACCAGCCCUGCCAGUGAGGAAGCCGCCCCUGAAAUGAACCCGAACCACCUAGCCAACAGCCACGAGGACAAGCCAGGAAGCAAUGAGGAAUCACAGUUUGAGAUGGACAUUUAAAGGGCCGGCCACCACAAUUGAGCAGUGGGCCCCCCCCCCCCAAGACCCACGGAUCCCGUUCAGGGGAGGAGACCCACCAGCCAAGCCUUACAGGGUUGUUUUUCCAGAGCAGAUGCCAGGGACGGGGCUAGACAUCCCACUCCCUCGUCACCCAGCGGAGCAGCUCCCCCUCCCCAGAACCAACACCAGCAGAUACUUCUAGUAACGCCAGGAGCUGCCCUCCCCGGGAGAAUCGCUACAGAAAUCAACCCCCCCGCUGCAGAGGGGCAAAAUCAGGGGCAGGAGGAGCCCUUGUGAACUUGGUCUAGUUCUUCAGGUCUCGUCCUGAAUGGAUGUGUCCACCCCUCCAAGUUUGUGCCCUGGGACCCCCCGUGCGGUCACAGGCACGUCCCCUCCAGGGAGGAAAUAAAAGCUGGUCGGCCAAUUCUAGACCCAGGCCAAGAGCUGA